UUUUUCAAAUUAUUUUACUUUCGUGUAUGAACAAAUAACAGCAAAAUGUGGAGCUGUUGAAAACAAUGUCAAUACUUCGAUAUCGACAAAAUAAAACCCGAUUUCUUCUAAUGGUAAUGGUCAUAGUGUUUAAUAUCAAAGAUGCCUCGGGCAGUUCCGCUAAUCCUAUUAGAAAAAGAUUUACAAGAUAUCCCCUGAGACGACACUACAAGAACGUUCAUGAUCUAUAUGAGUGGGAACCGCUGGCCGAGUUGAAGCUAAUCGAUAGACAUGAUCCGAGCAGACUAUUUGAACAAUUGAAUAAAGAGACCAUAGUCCAUAAGAAUGUUUUACCUGAUUUAUUCGGAGAGUUGGAUAACAAUUGGCACUAUGUCAAGUCGUUGAAUUUAAAUAACAAAAUGAAAGCGAUUACGGCCGGACAGUUGCAGGCCAAUAGAGCGAGGGAGAGGGAGAAUGAUAUGCUCGAUGAUCUUAAUGAGAGUUUCGUUAGAGAAAAAACGGAAAAAGAACUACAAAGGCAAAGGGAACGUUUAGAGAAUGCAGCAUCGGAUCGGGAAUUUGAACGGAUGUUGAAUCGUCAAGGAGAGAAAGCUCGAGGAGGCCUUGCGGUGAUCCAUACAUUUGAUACUGUAGAGCCUUCGGAACCGAAAAUGAAUUUAUUGGCCAAGGCAAUGAGCUGUGAUAAACCUAGGCCAAAUUUGUGUCCCACAAAGUGUCCAACCACCCCAAGAACUUGUCCUACCACUACUACCCAAUGUUCUACAACCUGUCGCACCACUACUCCCUGUCCUCCACCCACACGACCCACUCAAAUAUGCUUGCCCGAACCCACGCGCUGUCCACAGAAUUCACCCAAAAAGAAAAAAAAACCACUUAUAGAAUCUAGUGCAGCUGAACAGCUCCUAAAGAUCAUCAGGGGCAUGAAACGACAUGCAUUGUUGAUGCUAAAGGAUCUCAACUAUUUAGAAAUGGAAAUUUUAGAGAAAUCAAGUGGUAGCUGUCCAAACCAUGAAUCCCAAAAUAAAGGACAAAGAAGUCAAUCUCAAAAAAACGGAGAGCGGCUAGAUCUGCCGGGAUCAAAAGGCAAAGUAAAACUACAAUUUCAUCAAAAUCCUCAACCAAUGCAUCAAAGUCAGAGUUUCUAUUUCGGUGUACGACCUUUGGAAGCUUUGGAAGAUUUAGACGAGGCCCGCGAUGAAGAACUCAAAUUGGAGCAAAAAGUUAUAGAAGAACAUCGAAUGCUGCGACAGCAAUUGAAAGCUAAAGAAAACCCAUGGCUACAGAAAGCCAAGCGGGCACGUUUUGAUGAGGCUCCACCGGCAGCUGCUCGUCUCGAGACUGUCUUUCCGAAAGUUAUGGAUCUCGAGAAGGGAUUGGAUGAGGGGCAUAGCAAUUCCAGCGCCACUUUAAGUCUCAAAUCUCUGAAUGUUGUGGCUAUGCCACUGGUACCACCUGCAAAUCCAAGUGGUGAGCUUGGCUCAUCUGCUAGUUUAGCAUAUAAAACUGACCUUUCCAAGCCCAUAAGUGCACCCCAAUCUCAGAUAUAUUCUAUAAACGAUCAUAAAUUGAUGGUAAAUGAAAUGACCCCGCAAGAACUUCAGCCCAAGACGCGCAAACGUAAAAAGAAGAAGAAAAAGAAACAAAAGAUCCUAGCUAACGUAAUAUUAAGACCUGAGAGAGUACCUCUAGAGGAUAUAGAAAGAAUCCGAUGCCAGCAGCAACAAUCUCCAAGGAAUAGGAGAAAUAGAGGCAGACGGCGACAACCAAUUAAUAACAUUAAUAAUUAGAUUUCUAAUUUUUAAAUGAAUAUAUUUUGUAAUAAAAUACAUUAGCCAA